AUGGUGGGUUGUUAUGAGGCAGGUUGGGCUGGGUUCUCAAGUAGGAGGUGCAGAGGGGGUGGCUGUGGGCUGGGGAAGAGUGACCUGAGGGUGCAGGUGAGGUAUCAAGGGAUGGACAUAGGUUGGGCGGGGGUGAAGGAGGUGCUGCUCGUGGACAAGACGGAGGGCGUGGCAAGCAGCAGUGGGGACGAGGUUGAGCCGGCAGAGUUUUCAAGGGAGCUCUCUCUCCUGCCCCACAUCGUCAGGAGCGGCCCUCAAGUUGUCUUUGCUCGCUCCGUUGCCAGGGCUGCUCCAUACCUUUCAAGGGCUGCUGUAUCAGGGUGGGGGACUUGGGGGAGACUUGGGGGGUGGGGGACAACAACGCGUCGUGUCUCUGCUGGCUGGGCCCUCCGCCACGCGCUCUCGCCGCCCACCUCCCGCUGUCCACUGCCACCUGCCUCCUCCCACCUCUCCUUGUCCUCUCUCCCCUCUGCUCCCAUCCUCUCGUUCUCUCUCCUCUCUCAUCCUCUUCUCGUCCUCUCUCCACUGUGCUCCUCUUCUCAAUCUCUCCCCUCCCUCUCCCAUACUCUCUCAAUCUUCUCUCCUCUCUGCUCCCCUCUUCAUUCUCUCUCCUCUCUCAUCCUCUUCUCGUUCUCUCUCCCCUCUGCUCCUCUUCUCAAUCUCUCCCCUCUCCCCUACUCUCCCAAUCCUCUUUCCUCUCUGUUUUCCUCUACAUUCCUUGCUUCUCCUCACUUCAUUCUCUCUUUGGCGCCGCUGGCGGCGUGCGCGGCGGCAUGGGGCGUGGCGUUCGUAGACCCGUCCGACCCCACGGAUUGUGGGAUCGCCCUCAACAUCACAUGCGACGCCGCCGGCAUGGUCGACUGGAUGGUGUUGAACAGCGGGGGCAUAGCAGGACCCAUCCCGCCCAGCAUCGGCGCCCUCAUCGGACUCACUCAUCUUGAUCUAGACAACAACGCACUGACCGGGUCCAUCCCACCCACCAUCAGCCGCCUCACACGCCUGCUCUACCUCGACCUGAGUUACAACCAGCUCUCCGGCUCCAUACCCACCGCCAUCGACGGCCUUCUCUCAAUCACUGAGCUCAACUUUCGCAACAACAGGCUGACUGGCAGCAUUCCUGCGGUUAUUGGCAAUCUCACCACACUCAAUGACCUCUACCUGUCAUCGAACCAACUGAACGGGUCCCUGCCAGCCCAGAUCGGCAACCUGCACCACCUCUCCACGCUGGACGUCAUAUCAGGCAACCAGCUAUCUGGCGUGGUACCACCUGUGCUUGGAGGCAUUCCCCUCGGAACCCUUUCGAUCUACGACUCCAACGUCACGUGUCCCACCGGCGGUUCCUGUCAGCUCAAGCAGGACCCCAUGUCCGCCUUCUGCCUCGAAUGCCCCGACUUCUGCGCCUCCUGCACGCCCUCCCCUGGAAGCCCCCCUCCCCCAGCCCGCUCCCCUCUCCCUGCGCCCGCGUUCCCACCACCACGUGUCCCCCGCUCCCCGCCCGCAGCAGCUUUCCCUCCCCUCAUCUCUCAACCCUCUCCCCCUCCACCUUCUCUCUCCCCUCCACCUCCCAGAAUCACUCUCUCUCCUCCUGUACCUACCACUUCCCCUCCUCCCGAGCUCUCUCUCUCACCACCUGCCCUCCCAUCCCAACCCUCGCCCUCGACCAAUCCCUCCUUGACUCCUCCUCCUUUUCCUCCUCCACUCCCCUCCUCCCCAUCCGUGCCUCCAACCAACAGCAGCAGCAGUGGUGGAGGGGUUUCAGUGGCAGUGGUGGCAGGGGUAGCAGCAGCAGCGGUGUGCGUGGUGGUGGUGCUGCUGGUGCUUGGGUUUUGCUGGUGGAGAAGCAAGAAGAAGAAGCAGCAUGUUCCAUCUGGCGCGUCCCAUGCCUCCUCACAGCCAUUUCUGGACCCACACGCAACUGCAGGUGCGUUGUCCGUGUGCAUAGGCGUGUGCAGCAGCCCACCUGUCCCCCUUCCACCAGUGCAGGUGGACCAGAUGGCGACGAAACACCACCCCAACCUGGUGCGGCUGCUGGGGUUCUGUAACGACGUGGAUGCUGCAUCGCAGCUGCUGCAGCAGAUCCUCGUGUACGAGUUCAUGGGCCAGGGCGACCUUGCUAAGCGCAUGCGCACAGGUGAGAGCGAAGGAGCGAGGGAGAGAGGUGCAACAGCGUGGUUGUGGGGUCACAGCGGCCGCAGCAGAUCCUCGUGUACGAGUUCAUGGGGCAGGGCGACCUCGCUAAGAGGAUGCGGACAGGCCAAGGUGUCGGACUUUGGUCUCCUGCGCCUGGGAGAGGGACGCCCCACCACCACCACCAGCGCUGGCAACACGAGCAGCGGCAGCGGUGGUGGUGGUGGGUGGGGUUCCACGCGAGUGAUGGGCACACCGGGCUAUGUGGACCCUGUCUAUUACAAGACACACAAGGCCACUCCAUCACUUGAUGUAUACAGCUUUGGAGUGGUGAUGCUGGAGGUGGUGCUGGGGCGAGGCCCGGUGGUGCUGCUGGGCACAGAGUGCAUCAACAUCAAGGACUGGGCCGCCCCUCUCCUAGCUGCCGACGACCUCACACCACUGCUAGACCCCUCGUUACAAGCACAGCCGCCAGGCACCCUCCCCAGCAGCACCCACAGCCGGGAGCAGCAGCUCCGUCUAACAAGGGCGCUGACAGAGCUGGGGCUGGCAUGCACGCACGUGCCCACGGCCUCGCGCCCCUCCAUGGCCUCCCUCAUCUCCUCCCUCUCCUCGCUCAAGCGCGAGUUCUUUGGCACACUGGAGGGCACGAGGGAUAGCAGUGGGGGGCGCAAGGGGUAUGGGAAUGCAGGCGCUGCUGGUGACGCUGCUGGUGGCGCUGGUGCUGGUGGUGGUGCUGGUGGUGGUGGUGUUGUGGGGAGGGUUAUUCACGAAGAGGACGAGGAGAAUGGUGCGCUGGAGCUAUCAGACGGCAUUGGUGCAAGGGCUGGCGGAGUAGGAGCAGGAGCAGGAACUGGUGAAUUGGCAGGGGCAGCAGGAGAAGCGCCUGGGAAGCAAAAGGGAGAUGGAGGCGGGAUGGUGAGCGAUGUGGGAUUGCAGGAGAGUGCAGAGGAGGUGGACAGGGCGUUCAUGGAGGGGCUGAAGGAGCAGGGGCGCACUCUGGACGAGGAGCUGUUUAUUCUGAACCACAUGCUCGUCAUGUCUGCCGUGCAGCAUAGUGGUAUGCACCUGUCCUCCUCCUCCGCCUUGCCAUCCCAUGAGCAUUCCGGGCGCAGUGGCUUUUGA